AUGUCUGACCCAGCCACGCCACCCCCAACCCAACCUACUAUACGACACCCACCACUGAGAAGUGAAAUUGACGACCUCAUGACGACUGCAAUCAAAUUAAUGAAUGAUUGUAAGACAAGGGGUCGUGAGAGAAGACCUACAACCGAAGCUUUCAUCAAAGAACAUCUCAUCAAAAAGAACUCAAAAUCCACGUUUAUCAAGGAAACCUUGGAUAACGACAUGAAGAAAGUGAUCUUUUGGGAGAAGGCGUUGGAAGAAUUAAUUACUGGGUAUGAAACGUUCAAGAGUUUGGUCGAGAAGUACGAUUCAAAACACAUGAAUUUGCCUUGA